AUGGUACGUCGGGUGCCCACCCCAUCCCUCCUCACGUACCCACCAUCCUUUUCUUCUUCUUCUUCUUCUGCUUCUGCUUCUGCUUCUUCUUCUUCUUCUUCUUCUUCUUCUUCUUCUCCGGAGAACGUUUCCAGCACUCUAACCAGGCCUCAGUCAGUCAGUCAGCCAGCCAAGCCAGCCAGCCAGCCAGCCAGCCAACCAACCAGCCACCACCUUCGACGUUGGCGUCCCCCAGCCUCACAACCACCCACUCUACACCUAUCCUAUCCUCAUCCCUUAUCCACAUCCACAUCCACAUCCCUCAUUCCUGUUACCCAUCCAUCCCCAUACUACCACCCCACCCAACCCUUACUCCUCGCGAGAAGCUCAAAUGUGUCUAAUGAACCGGCUUGUGUGCUUAUAUCUGCGGCUCCUCUAACCGCUUUAUACGGGCAUUAGUUCGCAGGAUAUACGCCAAGUAAAUAAUGUGGCGGAAAUAAAAACACCAAGAGAGAGAGAGAGAGAGAGAGAGAGAGAGAGAGAGAGAGAGAAAGA